GGAGAUGUAAUGCUCUGCACACGCAAAUGUAUAUGCUGGAGGGGUUGUCCAGAUGGAACAUCAAUCGGGCCCAGCAGGCUCUGAAUAUGAGUGUCACGUCACAAACUUGAAUUUAUGAUGUUCGUCUGAUGUCCAGUGUGAACGCCCUCAGCAACAGAGUCCUGGGAAGUGCACUUCUCAAGAGUUUACACCCCCGGGUAAACCUACCGGUGAGCUUAUUGCGGUGGAGUAUUUGCUGGCCCAGUCCAACAGAGGAGAUCUGCUGAGUGCGCCUGACGCAAUUGGCGCCAACCUGCCAGAGGGGCCGGAGGAAGUUCAGGAGGAUGAGUUUCCGGAUGAGACAAUACCUCAGGCCACUGAUAUUCUUUUCCCGUCUUCUUCUCAGGAACCUACGGCUGAAAGUGAAGGUGCAUCUCGGAGUCCUGUCAGCUCCCCAUUUGAGGACAGUGGGCCAUCACUUCAACUCCGGAUAGUCGGUGUGAUCCCAGAGGCAUUCCCGGAUGGGAGGCAGUCGAUGCCUUGGCAGGGUACCUUGUCAGCCUCAACCGGACGAUAACUGCUCUUUCGAACCAAGAAAUAGCAGAUAUACUGAGGUUGUACUCCAGCCUGGAUGGAAUCGACAAGUACCCAAACAAAGUACUCCCUAAAAAAUAAGAAGACGACCUUGCCAGGGCCAUGGAGAGCUUCUCGGAAACGCAGUGGCUCUGCUCCAGGCCAACAAGCAGCCGAGAGAUUGUUCAUGGUUCAUGGCCAGGCUGCCCAUAGACCAUAUUAUACCAGGGUCUCUGAGUGUGUUGCACUGAAGCUUUUCAAGGAGUUCAAGGAAGGCAGAAAUAGACCAAAAGACCCUAAGGGGAGGACAUUUGCAAUUCCUCAGGCUAUUGUCAUGACGUAUGGUCAUAUUAAACAAUUAAUUGAGGAUUGCCAACAAAUCCUGCAAAGCACCAACCUGGUACUGGUGACCAUAAAUAAUGCAACAGUCUCUUCUUGGCUGCAGGAUCGGCAGAAGAGGGCCGACCGCGAUUCUCUGCUUCAAGGGGUGGAGCUUCCUCAGCAGGUCCACGUGGCCGAGGAAUCCCUCCUGGAGGCCCUGGACCUACCAUCUGAGCCUGUUCCACAUGGGCAUGCAGAUCUGGAGUUUCGAGGAACCUGACAACCGUGAGGGUGAGGCGGUGAUUCGGCGACGCCGACGCAAAACUCAGGUUUCCAGCGAAGACGCUGGAGGAGAUGAUGCUUUGACUGUUCCUUUCCCCUCUUCAUCUGACCUAGCCUAUUGUGAGCAGCGUCAACACCCAGCCCCUGUGUCUCAAUCACAGAGCUGGUACCCAUACCAACCACCUUCAGCUCCAGCGUCUCAAUCUCGUGGCUGGUCCCCAUACCAGCUGCCUCCAACACCGGAGUCUCAGUAUCAGGCCUGGGCCUCUUACCAACGGCCUCCAGCCUCUCACUCUCAGGGCUGGUCGGGGCCCUCAUACCAGCCGCCGCCACCACCACCAGCAGCCCACUUUCAGAGCUGGUCCUCAAACCUGCCGCCACCACCACCUCCAGCAGCUCACUCUCAGGGCUCUUACCAGCUGCCACCAGUGCCAGAUUCUCCACCUCAGGACGGACCUUCUAACCAGCCAGAUCCAGCGUCUCACAAUCGCUACCGGGAAUGGAGGUUACAAAAGGCAGCCUUUGAGGAUCAGGAGCGAGCGAUGAGGGGUGAGCCCCCGAAGAAGCGUCAAAGUAAGGAAAGCUACCACUACCAAUGCAAAAUGUGUGGUAAGGCGAAAAGCAAACUUACUGGCCACACACAGCUACGGGGGAAAUGGUACUGUCCAGCAUCUGGAAAGACCAUUGAAGAGUGGAAAAGCUCCUUGUAAAAAUGUAAGCAAUGUGUACAUUUGUUUUUAAGAUAUUUCUAUUGGUGUUAAAUCAUUUGUUUUAAGUGUUAAAUCAUUUGUACAAAAAAGUUCAAACAGUUGCAAGUUCACAACAUUUGUAUAGAUUGUUAAAUUCUGCAACUCUAA